AUGAUAAAGGCGAGAGAGAGGAAGAGAGAAAGUGAGAGGCAGUGAUGAAUGCUGACUAUAACGUUGUGUAACUCUGACAGAUUAUUCAUUGUGCUAUUAGUUUUCAGCAGCAGCAGCAGCAGCAGCAGCAGCGUGUGGCUGCCAAUCUACACAGGAGAUGCAUACCAGUAACGGCAGUUGGGUUUAGAGUUUUCAUUAAUGUACUGAGGAUUACAGUCUUCAUAGCUCACUUUUAUACAGGUUAUCGACCUUCAACCACUGUACAUAUUAAGCAGGAAUCCAAAAAUGUUUGGGUCAGGCCAGUUUCUUGGAAAUAAGACUAAUGUUACAGAUCGAAGCUAAUAAACAUCAUAUAGGAAUGAAGACGGGGGAAAAGUUUACGUAACGUAGGAGCAAGAGUGUCAUUUUAGAUGGAUGAUGGAUGAUGGAUGAUGGAUGGAUGGAUGGAUGGAUGGAUGGAUGGAUGGAUGGAUAGGCAAAGCAAUAUAUUUUUUUGGAUGUAUUUACAACAGUCACUGUUGGCCGCCUCUGCCUCUACCCCAUUAAAAGCCAUUUGUUUGUUGCCAUUAAACAGCAUUUGGUGCUACCCUAGGUGUAUGACUGCCCCCUGCAGGAUCUAUUUUUGGCCCUGACCAUGUUCAAUGAAAGAAAGAAAAAAUACUCCCGUCAGAGGGCUGCGUUACUGCACAUUAUCUGAGUAAAGUUACAAAUUACAGGAUAACUAUUUUUGUGGUUAUAUGACUGUAAAUUUGACCUACACUGAGGGAGUUUUAAAUGAAAAAAAAAUGACUGUCUUCCUAAAAAGACUCAGUUCACUGUGAAGCGACUCAGCCUUUUGUUGAAGAGCUCCGUUUUCAUACCAAGUCAGUGUCCAAGUCAUUGUGUUCUUAGAAACGCACGCCGAGGGGGAUACGAGGUCUCUGUGGCCUCUGAGGUCACCGAACACUGUCAGGAACCAAGGCUGAUGCAAGUUGUGUUCUAGGAUGGAUUUCCUCUGAAACACACCAGUGUGCAGCCAAAACAAACUCCUGCUGAUGGUUUGCCUGUAGCCUCCGGUCUCACUGGCCUGCUUCUAGACAGCAGCCCGGGGACCCUGACUGCUCAGAGGAGGAGCAGGAGAGUCCUGGGACCCUCCCACCGCCUAUAAGACAGGAGGCAGACGGAAACACUCAGACAGCAGGCACACGUGGAGCAAGGCAGCAGAGAGGAAAUAAGGCUGAGAGGGACAGAGCAGUAAAAAGUCAAGCUGCAGCCACAGACUGGGAGUAGUUCCUGCAACUGGACUCAAAACAGACCAAAUUAGACACAAAGGAGCGGCAGAGACGUUUGAGUGAAGAAAGGAAAGGAGGGAAAUUUAGAAAACCCACAUGACUCUAACGUGUUAUUUUAAAUGAGACUUCUGUCAAAGGACCAACUGAGGGAGUUACUGACGCUGGGGAUUUGAAGUGUCUUUAAGACACAAACAGAAGAAGGACGUGGAACCUGCAGACACCUGUGAGACGGCAGCUCCAGGGUUGAGUCACUCUUUGCUGACUCAGAUUCCACUUUGCUGACCUCCUGAACUGAGAAUUCUUCAGCUGUGACAUCUCAUCUCCACAGAUUAGACACGCCGGGUCUGAAGUGACACUCUCAGUGGAAACUUUUAGGGGUCGUCAGCUAAUUCUCUGAAUCAUCUUUGUGGGAAGAUUUGGAUUGGAAGUCCAACCUGACCCCACUUGCUGAAAUCACGAUGACAUUCGCCAUGCUUCGCACAGCGCCUCCCGCAGGCCGCUUCCUAUACGGGGACAUUGCGCUCCUCUCCGAAGACGACGACGAAAACGGAAGCGAGGGCUCAGGUUCCGACGAGCGGACCAACAACUCGGCCGCCUUCCGUCUGUCCUCCUCGUCCCCGUCUGCUUUUCACAUCAAGGUGAACAGGAAGAGGAAGCUGUGUGGCGGGGUAGGAGGAGGCGGAGGGAUAACUGUAGGUACCGGCAUGUUGGGCAGGCUGGCCCCUCCAGGCACCAACCACCCUGGGGAGGUCCGCCAAAGGACCGCCGCCAAUGCGCGGGAGAGAGAUCGCACCAAUUCUGUUAACACGGCGUUCACGGCGCUGCGCACGCUGAUCCCCACCGAGCCUGCAGACAGGAAGCUGUCAAAGAUCGAGACACUACGUCUGGCCAGCAGCUACAUCAGUCAUCUGGGAAACGUCCUGCUCCUGGGCGAAGGUCUCCACGACGGACAACCGUGCCACGCUCCAUCACCUCCGUUCUUCCAUGUCAACUCCUCCCCCAGCCGAGGAUCCGACCAAUCGUCUCAGCCAAAGCACAUCUGUACUUUCUGCCUCAGCAACCAGAGGAAAAUGAACAAAGACAGAGACAGGAAGACGGCCAUCAGAAGCUAACAGUGAGGACGGCAUGCUCAUCACAGUCACUGCCACUUGAAGACUGACAGACUUGUGAGGCAUUUCGAGGACUUUUGAAGGACUUUCACAGCACUUCUAUGACCUUUCUGAAGAAAUCCCCCCCGAAGCAUUUGUUUUGAUUGAAACUUUUUUUUUUUUUUACUUUUUUCUGAAUUUUUGGAUCAUUUUCUACAUAUGACUGAAGUGUUACAGCAUACAUGUUUGCUUUCCAAUAAGAACACUAUGAAGAGCUGUCCGUCCGCACCUAUCACAGACCUUCUUUUACUGUACUGACUCCCAUUGUUGGCCGAGUCCGAGGAACAAAUGGCACAUGAUCGUAAGACAACACGCAAAACCUAUGGAAGACAAAUUUGUAUUCAAAAGCUGUGUGUUAUUAUUGUGUAAACUGAAAUACAAAUGUAUAUUUAUGUGUUGUAACAUUAUAUAAUGAAACUAUGUUAUUUAACAGGCAUACGGCGUUUUGGGGUCAAUGAUGAUGAGGGGGGGGUUAAAGGUGUAAAAGGACUGAUGUCGUGAGAGGCAUUAUUGAUAUAACAUGCUGGAACAUUGUAAUGUGGGGAGGUGUGUGGGGGGGUUAAUACUCGUUUUGUUGAAAGUUAAUGCUGGAAAAUAACUCAAGAUGACCAAUAAAUUCUUUUGUAUAUCUGGACGUUGAUUUCCUUCGUAUGUUGGUGGUAUUUAAGCGGCGUGAUCGCCCACUCAGAGGUUAUGAUCAAGUUAAAGUUUCCACAGACUGUCCUGUUGGGAUCACAUUUUAAGGCCAAACGGUGACUUUAUCCAGUUAUUGCUCUUCUCGGAAACAAGCAAAAAAGAACAUUCAAAAGUUUCAAACAGAUUCCUUCACCCAAGAAGGAGCAAGGCAAGCAUAAAUACAAGUUCCACAGCGGCUACACCUGCAGCUCACAUCAUCUGAAAAACUCCUUCGCGCACUCUCUCCCUUUUUUUCCCCCCUAGUUUAUGCAUCUCUUUUGGGGCACAAAGAUCAGAGAGACCAGGGCAAAA